AUGGGAAUAAUGACGGAAGUGGAGGACAUGACGAGUGACAGCGUCUGCGAAGGCACUGGUUCGAGUCUCGGUGCCCCUGAAGCCACUGGCGGUUUGAUAGGACCGGAAAUGUCCCCGAGUGUGAUGGAGUGUGGCGGCUGUGGAGAACGUGUCCGCGAACGUACCGUUCUCUGCGUCGGCGGUCGAACUUGGCACUCGAGGUGUCUGAGAUGCUGCGCCUGUGCCAGGCCACUACACGAUCAACACUCCUGCUUCCUCAAGGGAAUGCGGCUCUACUGCAGGCACGACUAUGCACUAACGUUCGGUGCAAAGUGUGCAAAGUGCGGUCGUAGUGUGGGAGCCGGCGAUUGGGUGAGAAGGGCCAGGGAGAGGGUUUAUCAUUUAGCCUGUUUCGCUUGCGAUGCCUGCUCCCGUCAACUCUCUACAGGAGAACAAUUCGCCCUCUUGGACGCCAGGUUGCUCUGCAAGGCUCACUACCUAGACGUUGUCGAAGGUAACAAUACCUCUUUCGCAGAAGGCGGUGACUCCGAAAGCGGCCACAAGAGCGGUAACAAGGCGAAGAGGGUGAGGACCACCUUCACCGAGGAGCAGCUUUCAGUUCUCCAAGCGAACUUCCAAUUAGACAGCAAUCCCGAUGGCCAAGACCUCGAGAGGAUAGCGCAUGUGACGGGACUCAGCAAAAGAGUUACGCAGGUUUGGUUCCAGAAUUCUAGGGCGAGGCAGAAGAAGCAUCUGCACACGGGAAAAAUGAAAGGGCAACAUGUUCAUCAAUCACCUCCGAAUUCCACCGCGUCUACGGGCGAUUUCGGCCGGCACAUCAAUUUACACCUGACUUAUUCCUUUCAACAUCAACAGCAACACCAUCACAGCCAGCAACAGCCGCAGCUCAGUCCAGCUACGUGCAAGAGUCCCACGCCUUCUAUUUAUCAUAAUCACGGCUCGGAACAAUCGAUGGACGAACUCUCGCAGGAUUCGAUGAUGUUGUCGAUGCCGAACGAGGUUUAA